AUGCAGUACAGAAACUACAAGGGAAAGCUGCAUGAAACUGUCGAAGACGCCAACACACACAUCGUGGCACGCAGGGAGCAGCUUGAGCGGGCACGCGAGGAGGAAAUCUUGAGUAAGAUUGGCUACAGCGAAGAGGAGGUGUUACAGGAGGAGCAAUACCUCAACAACCGAACUCGUGGUGUUAAAUCACUUGAUGCUUUAGGAGCUAGCUUGCGGGAGAAAAAGCGAAUGGAGCGUGCUGCGCAGGCAAAUGAAAUGGAGGACCUCCUGGAGGAGCGUCGCACGCAAGAGUUGGAAGCAGGCGUUGCCGACUUCACGGAGGAAGAACUUCUUGAAAAACCUGAAGUAUUGGGCAUCAAACCAAAGCCCUACGGGACGCGGCGGCAGGUGUACAAACAAGUGUAUGCCGCCGACUUUGGAAAGGGCGAUCGCAACCAAGCCAAGUUUCAGUGGUGGCUUGACAGAACACGUCGCAUCAAACGCGCCGUGAAUGGUAUCCACGGCGCCCCAGUGUAUAAUGAGCGACUUUCCGUGAACGAGGAGCAAACGCGGAAGCAAAUGCGUGAGGCUGCAGAGUUCAACUUUGCUCUUUCUCAGACUCAGGGGGCAAAGGGAUUUAAGGACCCUCGUGGCCACUACAAUGAGUUUGUCAGUGCUCCGGCAGAAUAA